GGAGUGGGGGUGAAAAGCGGCCGGACCUGAGCGCCGCGUAGUGGGCGGACCGCGCGGCUGGAGGUGUGAAGAAGCGGUGUUGGGGUGGGGGCGGAGGCGCUUACUGCAACGGUAGGGACUUGAGACUCGCCGGCCGCGCACCAUGAGGGGCCUGUGGGUGCUGGGCCUCUGCUGCGUCCUGCUGACCUUCGGGUCUGUCAGAGCUGACGAUGAAGUCGAUGUGGAUGGUACAGUAGAAGACGACCUGGGGAAAAGCAGAGAAGGCUCCAGGACAGAUGAUGAAGUCGUGCAGAGAGAGGAAGAAGCUAUUCAGUUGGAUGGGUUAAAUGCAUCACAAAUAAGAGAACUUAGAGAAAAAUCUGAAAAGUUUGCCUUCCAAGCUGAAGUUAACCGGAUGAUGAAACUUAUCAUCAACUCUUUGUAUAAAAAUAAAGAGAUUUUCCUGAGAGAACUGAUUUCAAAUGCUUCUGAUGCCUUAGAUAAGAUAAGGCUAAUAUCACUAACUGAUGAAAAUGCACUCUCUGGAAACGAGGAAUUAACAGUCAAGAUUAAGUGUGACAAGGAGAAAAACUUGCUGCAUGUCACAGACACUGGUGUAGGAAUGACCAGAGAGGAAUUGGUUAAAAACCUUGGUACCAUAGCCAAAUCUGGAACGAGCGAGUUUUUAAACAAAAUGACAGAGGCACAAGAAGAUGGUCAGUCAACUUCUGAAUUGAUUGGCCAGUUUGGUGUUGGUUUCUAUUCUGCCUUCCUUGUAGCAGAUAAGGUUAUUGUCACAUCAAAACACAACAAUGAUACCCAGCACAUCUGGGAAUCUGACUCCAAUGAAUUCUCUGUAAUUGCUGACCCAAGAGGAAACACCCUAGGACGGGGAACAACAAUUACCCUUGUCUUAAAAGAAGAAGCAUCUGAUUACCUUGAAUUGGAUACAAUUAAAAAUCUCGUCAAAAAGUAUUCUCAGUUCAUCAACUUUCCUAUUUAUGUAUGGAGUAGCAAGACUGAGACUGUUGAGGAACCCAUGGAUGAAGAAGAAGCAACGAAAGAAGAGAAAGAAGAAUCUGAUGAUGAAGCUGCCGUAGAGGAGGAGGAGGAAGAAAAGAAACCAAAGACUAAAAAGGUUGAAAAAACUGUGUGGGAUUGGGAACUUAUGAAUGAUAUCAAACCAAUAUGGCAAAGACCAUCAAAAGAAGUAGAAGAAGAUGAAUACAAAGCUUUCUACAAAUCAUUUUCGAAGGAAAGUGAUGACCCCAUGGCCUAUAUUCACUUCACUGCUGAAGGAGAAGUUACCUUCAAAUCAAUUUUAUUUGUACCCACAUCUGCUCCUCGUGGACUAUUUGAUGAAUAUGGAUCUAAGAAAAGUGAUUAUAUUAAGCUGUAUGUGCGCCGAGUAUUCAUCACAGACGACUUCCAUGAUAUGAUGCCCAAAUACCUUAAUUUUGUCAAGGGUGUUGUUGACUCGGAUGAUCUCCCCCUGAAUGUUUCCCGUGAGACUCUCCAGCAACAUAAAUUGCUUAAGGUGAUUAGGAAGAAGCUCGUCCGUAAAACCCUAGACAUGAUCAAGAAGAUCGCUGAUGAAAAGUACAAUGAUACUUUCUGGAAAGAAUUUGGCACCAACAUCAAGCUUGGUGUAAUUGAAGACCACUCAAACAGAACUCGGCUUGCUAAACUUCUUAGGUUCCAGUCUUCUCAUCAUCCAACUGACAUUACUAGUUUAGAUCAGUAUGUGGAAAGAAUGAAGGAAAAGCAGGACAAAAUCUACUUCAUGGCAGGGUCCAGCAGAAAAGAGGCCGAAUCGUCUCCAUUUGUUGAGCGACUUCUGAAAAAGGGCUAUGAAGUUAUUUACCUAACAGAACCUGUGGAUGAAUACUGCAUUCAGGCCCUUCCCGAGUUUGAUGGGAAGAGGUUCCAGAAUGUUGCCAAGGAAGGAGUGAAGUUUGAUGAAAGUGAGAAAACUAAGGAAAGUCGUGAAGCAACUGAGAAGGAAUUUGAGCCUCUGCUCAAUUGGAUGAAAGAUAAAGCUCUUAAGGACAAGAUUGAAAAGGCUGUGGUGUCACAGCGCCUUACAGAGUCUCCCUGUGCUCUUGUGGCCAGCCAGUACGGAUGGAGUGGCAACAUGGAGAGGAUCAUGAAGGCACAAGCAUACCAAACGGGCAAGGACAUCUCUACAAAUUACUAUGCCAGUCAGAAGAAAACAUUUGAAAUUAAUCCCAGACACCCACUGAUCAAAGACAUGCUUCGACGGAUUAAGGAAGAUGAAGAUGACAAAACAGUCUUGGAUCUUGCUGUAGUUUUGUUUGAAACAGCAACUCUUCGGUCAGGUUAUCUUCUACCAGACACCAAAGCAUACGGAGAUAGAAUAGAAAGAAUGCUUCGCCUCAGUUUAAACAUUGACCCUGAAGCACAGGUGGAAGAAGAACCAGAAGAAGAGCCUGAAGACACAGCAGAAGACACAGCUGAUGACACAGAGCAAGACGAAGAAGAGGAGAUGGAUGCAGGAGCAGACGAAGAAGAUCAAGAAACAGCAAAGGAAUCUACAACAGAAAAAGAUGAGUUGUAAAUUAUACUCUCACCAUGGAUCCUGUGUGGAGAGGGAAUGUGAAAUUUUUAAGUCUUUUUUUUUUUUUUCUUUUUUUGAGAGUUAUUUUGGAUGCUUUCCCAAAACCACCUUCUCCCCUGCACUGUAAAAUGUUGGAAUUGUGGGUCACAGGAAGAAGUGGGUUUUUUAGUUGAAAAUUUUUUUUUUUAACAUUCCUCAUGAAUGUAAAUUUGUACUAUUUAACUGACUAUUGGUGUAAAAUCUUGUCAUGUGUAUAAAAAUAAAAAAGAUCCCAAAUA